UUGGGCGGAACAUAGAGACGUGAACUGUGUGUGUGUUGUGUGUGUGGUGUGGUGGAUAGCUGGCAGACAUGGCGAGCAUCCGUGGAGAAACUUGUAACUGUUUACAGAUAGAAAACUUGCCAGAGGAGAUUUUAGAGAGAAUUAUGUCAUAUCUGUCUCCUUACAGUGACUGCAAAAAUGCAUCUCUUGUGUCGAGAAAGUGGCAUCGACUAAUGCGGGGUGUAAUAAAACAGCGAGAACAAGCCUUCUGCCUGGCUGCCCGAUCCGGCUCGCUAAAAUGGUCGCAUCAUGAGUGUAAUGGCAACUCGCUCUUUGGCCGUUCCAUGCACAGCGUGUGCUAUGUUGAGGGUACGAUGUACAUGUUUGGGGGCACUGUACCCUCUGAAAUGAGAUCCGCAAGUGGGACCUGUUACUGUGAUCUGCAGAAUAUGGACGUCGGUACUAGGACGUGGAAAAGGCUUAUGGCACUCGGGGAAUACCCGUCCCCCAAAGCAGCAGCCUCAAUGGUCCACCACAACGGCUCUCUCAUUCUCUUUGGCGGAUGGGCACCCCCGGUCCCAAACCCCCCUCACCAGCCGCCCCAUAUCUCCGACGAUCUUCACAUCUAUGAUAUUCCGAAGAACAAAUGGCGGGCGGUGGUCACAAGUCUCUGCCCGCCACCGAUGGCCAGCCACAGGGCAAGUAUGGUGAAUGACCUCAUGGUCAUAUUUGGUGGCAGUUGCGGGAAUCAAACAAAGUACGAUGGUGUAUGGGUGCUGUCACUCCAGAGCAUGACAUGGAAUUGUAUGAAGAUGGAAGGAAAGAGGCCACCAGCCAGGGAAAAACACGUACAGGUUGUUCUGGACGAUGGACAUAUCUUAAUCGUUGGAGGAGUGGGCAAUUAUGAAAAGGUAUUAAAUGACGUUUGGAUGCUGGAUAUAAGUGAGGUACCCUGGAAAUGGAGAGAGAUUAACAUCAUACAUCUGGAAUUUGCUGCCCCUCAAAUAUUCAGCCAUUCUUCUUGUAAGAUUGGUGACAGCAUUGUGUUUUUCAGUAAACUCCGGAGCAGCUUAAGCUUAGCCCUCAACUCUCACAGAUCAGCUCCAGCAAUGCGUGCCCCGCAACGACCCCAGCCAAACAGCCGAACGCAGUCUCACCACCCGCCCCGCCCUCAAGGAGGUGUGGAGAGAGGUUCCCUGAGCGACCUCCACACCAAUGCUAAACGUCUACGAAGUCAAUCUAGUGACAAGUCAGACACUAGGAAUCACAUCAUCCCAGCAGCUUCUUGUAACUCGUCGCCCGGUGAAAGCCAAGACUCUUCCCUGGUCGAUCAAACCCCAGUAGGCUGCCCAUGUUCACCAACUUGCCAAUGUAAAACUCCGGUAUCAAACUCAAUCUGCACUUUCAAUGAGAAGUACGGGUGCUGCAAAUCGCCGUCCAAAUUAGGGCUUAAUCCUCCACUGUAUACACGAAUUCCACACGGCGAACAACAGUAUGUGUUAGACGUGAGUACAGCGAUAAGUGAUCUUCAAGUGGCAUGGUUGGAUACACCUGAUCAGAAUGAACACAGAGCUGCGAUUAAUCCGGGCCAUCCACACAGCGAGAUGAAAUACGGGUAUGCGCCCGAAACUUUAUUCCCGUCGCUGUGUGUUGGACGGGCUGAGAUCAUCAGAUUUGGUGGCAUCUUGAAAGCGUCUAUUUAUCCUAGAGCUUUGAACAAUCACUACUUUGCUUAUUAAUGACAUAACAGGAGAAAAACCUACAAGACCGCGGGGCUUGUAGCUCAACAUUUGUACUGGACCAGAAUCAUAAUUUUGGUUUUUACCCGUACACCGAUGUGUGUUAG